GCUCCGCCCUGCGCUGACAGCUGCGCCGAGCCGGGACGGAGAGAGAAAGAGAGAGCAAUAAACGGCUGAACACUGGGACCAUAAACCCGUCGCUCCUUUCUUUCUAUUUCAUACAAACGCGAUUUUAACAAGACUUGUUUUUCAAGUAUGGUGGCUGUUUGAAAACCAAAAGGAUGGCACAGAAAGACACGCUGCUGCAUCUCUUCGCCGGGGGAUGUAGUGGUACGGUGGGAGCCAUCGUGACCUGUCCCCUGGAGGUGUUGAAGACGCGGUUGCAGUCCUCUGGCCUCACCCUCAGACCCGUCUUCCAGGUCCAGCUGGGCACCCUAAGUGGCACUGGUAUAAUACGCCCAGGAACCGUCACACCGGGGCUGCUGCAGGUCCUACGAUCAAUUCUCGAAAAAGAGGGACCAAGAUCACUUUUCCGUGGUCUGGGGCCGAACCUGGUUGGUGUGGCCCCUUCAAGAGCCAUCUACUUUGCUGCUUACUCGAAAGCUAAAGAGGCGUUCAAUGGGCUGUUGGUCCCUAACAGUGGAGUGGUGCACAUGUCCUCAGCUGGUGUUGCAGCUUUUGUUACGAACUCUCUGAUGAACCCCAUCUGGAUGGUCAAGACCAGGAUGCAGCUAGAGAAAAAAGCCAGAGGAGAGAAGAAGAUGAAUGCACUGCAGUGUGCCCGCUAUGUUUACAAAACGGAAGGGAUUCGAGGCUUCUACCGAGGCCUGACCGCAUCCUACGCCGGCAUCUCUGAGACCAUGAUCUGCUUCCUCAUCUACGAGACACUGAAGAAACACCUCAACAAGAGCCAGUUCUCCCCCUCAAACAGUGAAAAGGAGAAAGGAGCAUCGGACUUCCUGCGUCUGAUGAUGGCAGCUGCUUUUUCAAAGGGUUGUGCGUCCUGCAUAGCUUACCCACACGAGGUCAUUCGGACACGGCUGCGUGAGGAAGGCAGCAAGUACAAGUAUUUCUUCCAGACGGGGAGGUUAAUAGCGGUGGAGGAAGGCUAUGCAGCUUUUUAUAGAGGACUCAUUCCACAGCUAAUUAGACAAAUCCCCAACACAGCCAUCGUCCUCUCCACAUAUGAACUCAUUGUCCAUCUGCUGGGGGAAUCCAAGUGAAGAAAAUGCUUGAAAGUUGGGGUUUUUCCCAGCAAACAAUGGACAACACACAAAACCCAAGACACACUGGGCACGAGACUUUUGAAAAUGCGGCACACACAUUUUUUUUUUUAAUGUGGUGCAACAGAGACUUUUACGGUGGGACUGAAGCAGGUUGAACUGUUAUCCAAAGAGCUAAACGCAUUAUUUUAUUAAAAGCUUGUCGUUUAGGAGUUUAUAAAAAAAAAGCUGAAGAAAGUCGUGGUACUUAUUUAAACUCCAAACCUGUGAAAAAAGGUCAUCUUCUUAGAGGACUAGUGUUAAGUUAAAUAAGUUAUUUCAUGUUUUGUUAUUUUAUGACAGUGUUUGUUUCCUUUUAUCAGUGGUAAAUGUACGAAGACACAUGACUGUGCAGGUUGACUCUCUUAGUUAAUGAAGGGAAGUAAUUCAGAUGAGGUGCUAGUAAUAGUGCUGUUCCUUUGCAAUGUAAUGACCACACGGAUCAUUUUGAGAUUUCUGUUUCAUAAAUACAAUGUGCUGGUUUUGAAGUUUGAAUUACAGAGAAAUAUAUCAUAUUUUUCAUUAAUAUAUAUAUAUAUACUUAUUUUAAAAACAGGCUUAUCUGUAUGUUUUCUUUGUGGAAAAAUGGACACCACCUUUUACAAUAUAAGGAGAACUUGGAUGCUUAUUUGACCAGUGGUUCAAUAAAAUGCAUCAAGAAGCUACAUCAGUUGUUGGUUGACCCGAAUACUGACAAAAUGUUUCUGUUUGUAUAAAAAAUAGUCUACCUUUUAUUGUGAUAUAAGCACAAGGGCAGAUGAGAGUUGUUGCACUGUUAAGGCAGCAAAAUCACAAUAGGAGAGCAACUAGUUAUCUGGUGCUUGUUGAAUUCAUAUAACUGGGAAUUUCUACCUGGUGUCGUCAAGAUUUGACUUUUUUCCCUCCCAAAAAAAGACUUGAGGGACUAUUUUAUUUUUUUCUGGCCUAAAACAAACCAUAUAAAUUCUCCUUUGCUCUCCCCUUCAAACACAAUGUCGUCUGUUGAUACUUCGACCGAACAUCACAAUGUUUUCUAUGUGUUUUCAUCAGUGUGCUGUUAAUUACUGAGAAUGUGUUACGUUUACGUCAGUAAUGUCUGCUUCACACACAGUCACGGAUCUGGCAACAAGUCUUCCUUAAAUUGUGCCUAUAAAAAUUAUUCACCCCCUCGGA